AUGGUCCUUUUUAGUCAUCCCAAAUCCUCGGACUUAGUCUUUGGAGGUCUUUACUCCGGGCUCAAAACGUCGCUUCUGUCCCACUCACGAUCGCUACGCCUUCAGACGCUCCGCCUACUGACGUCCCCUCUCGUUCAGGCUGCUGAAGGGGCGGCUGAAGUUCUAUCGAGGGCUCUACAGGCAGAGGAAGUCUCCAUAGACGUUCAGGGAGCUCGUGAGCGUGUCCUUCGCAUCAAUCGUCUGCCUAUUGUAGUCAAGGACGGGGACGAGCUGGGUGCCGAGAUCUGCGUGCUCUGGCUGAUCGCGCAACUCACGGUAAAUCUCAGACCGCUCUGGUCCGCUGCCGCCAGUGCGCUGUCUAUGCUAGCUGGCCGAUUCGGCGAUCUUGUCUGGGACCUCCUUUUCCGGGAACUACAGGCUGCGUCUGCGGCAACGAAGGACGCCGCUUUAGCUCCUGCGUGGGUACAAGAGGGUUCUGAGGAGGCAGGCGACGACGUCUGGGAGGACGAGCGGACAUGGCGGGAUCCGAGCGCACACAACAUGCGCACGGUUUUGGCACGAUGGUUGGAUCACACAUCGGCAGAGCAUGCUAUCAUCCAGAGUCAAAUCACUGGAGAUCGCUUCGAUGCAACUACGUACGAGACGCAGCUGCUCAACGUACUCGAAGAGUGCUCGUCGCUCGCAGAGAGGCACAACCGCGACCUCAUCCCUUACUUCCUCACUCUUGCUGGCCCCGAUGCGUCCUCGAGAAUACAACGGUACAAGCUCACUGCCUGGCUCAAGCUCUUCGUGAAGUUCACCAACCCGAACGCACUGCGCUCAACAGACACGAUGCGUACGCUCUAUGUGUCCCUCCUCUCGCACCCAGACCGCACAUUACAACGCCUCGCCCUUUCAUGCACCCUCACGUACAAGCCGCCCGCGCUCGUCUCGCACGAGGAGUCUCUCCGGAUGCUCUUGGACGAGACCAAGUGGCGGGACGAGCUGACGCAGCUCAACUUCUCGCAGUUCACGGCGGACGAACGCGAAGAGCUCGUGGACGUCAUCAUCCGCCUACUCUACGGCAUGAUGCUCGAGAAGAAGGGGCGCACUCGUGGCGCUGAUCGCCGAGCAGCAAUUCUUUCGACGCUGGCGGGCUGCACCGACGAGGAGCUCUACCUGCUCGUGGACCUCAUGCUACAGCCGAUCAGGAAGGAGCGACCGACGCGGGUCGGCAGUUACGCCAUCUCGCCGCUGCCGGAGGACGUUUCUGAGAAGCAGCAGGCCGGGUUCUUGACUCUCCUCGGGGACCUACUCAAGCAUCUCGGGUCUCGUAUCGUGGCACGUUGGCCCUUACUGUUGGAAACGCUCCUCGAUCUCGUCGGCAAUGCCCAGGCGUCGCUCGAAAUGCAGACGGACAGCCAUGUGGAGGAGGUCAUCGCAGACGACGUCGAGCCCGAGGACGAAGAGCAGACAGAGGAGGCGAGCGGCCCGUCGAGGACUCUCCGGAGCGUUCGUCAGCUCGGCUUGAAGCGCGUCGCAGAUUUCUUCCGCUGCCCGGUGACAUAUGACUUCUCUCGAUAUAUGCCGGAAGCCUUCCGCGCGUGUAUAUCCCCUCGGCUGUCUUCGUUGGAUCUAGAGAACACACAGUCGCCUUCCGCUCUCCUCGACCUGUUCCACGCAUGGACACAACGCAGCGAAUAUGCGGUAUACCUCGUGCGAUACGACGACCGCGUACUUCCGAAGGUGUACGACUGCUUGGUGGCCACGAACGUUAAGCCUGCGGUCAUCUCCAAAGUCUUCGAUAUCGUCGAGCAGCUCCAGGCCCUCUCCCUCUCUGAUACCGCCAUUCUCGAGGCCGUCUUCAAACCCUAUGUCUCGCAGCUCCUCACGAACCUGUCUACCUUGGUUGCGCGCUCGAAGGGUAGCACCACUGCGGUCACGGAUGUGCUUGGUCGCCGCCAGAUCUCCAUCCUCUCGGAGCUCGCGCCCUAUCUCUCGGACGGGACGCAGGCGCAAAUGCUCUUGGAACUGUUCUCCCCCCUGCUACGGAAGCCUCACAAGGUGGUUCCGGAAAAGGUCAAGGUCGACAUGACGACGAUCUUGUGUAGCUUGUUUCCCCUCAUCGAGGAGCUCUCGAACACCGAGAGUCCGAUUUUCAUGAAGACAUACGGUCUUCUGUCGCAACUCUUCCAAACUUUGCGCUCCAGACAGGCUCGACUGGCGCUGGUGAAGGCGUUCCGCAGCCUCGCCGAUGCCCAAUCUUCUGUCUCAUCGCUGGCUGAUCUCAUGGAGUCGCUCAACGCGUACUCUAUCAGACGCUUGGACGAGCCCGACUUCGACCGUCGCCUCGAAGCGUUCACGCAACUCAACGAGAGCCUCUACAAGACGUUCACCUGCAGGGACUGGUUGCCUAUCAUCUACAACAUGCUGAGCUUCAUUCAAGAUCCCCUCGAGCUGACUAUCCGGAGCAGCGCGGCGACUGCGAUGAAGCACUUCAUCGAUUCCGUUGCGGACAAGCAAGGCGAGUACGAAGAGACAUUCCUGAAGGUGCUCUACCCGGGCAUGAAGAACGGUCUACAUUCCAAGACGGAGCUCGUUCGCGCGGAGUUGCUCAGCGUCCUCGCGCAUGCGGUCGCGAGGUGUACGAAUAUCGCCUCCUUGCAGGAGAUGCGCGUCUUGCUCGCGGGCGGAGACGAGGAGGCGAACUUCUUCAACAACAUUCACCACGUCCAGAUCCAUCGCCGCACCCGCGCCAUCCGCCGACUCGCUGAGUACGCUGACCAAGGACAUCUUCGGAGCACGACGCUCGCCGAAGUCUUCAUCCCCCUCGUCGCUAAUUACAUCGUCUCUACGGACUCCCUCGAUCACCACCUAGUGAACGAGGCCAUCAACGCUACCGGCCAGAUGGCGAAGAACCUGAACUGGGGCGCGUACUACGCUCUAGUUCAACGCUAUUUGAAACUCGCGAAGCAGAAAGACGCGUCUGAGAAGGUGUUCGUCCGUGCUAUCGUGGCGAUCCUGGAUAGCUUCCAUUUCCCGAUGGAAGAAGCCGUCAAGGACGAUGAAGUUACUGACAUGGCGAUCGCGGAUGAGGAACACGACAGAGCCGAGGCCGAGGCGACGACGGAGAUGGCAGUCGAAAUCGAAGUGGACGUCGAAGCCGAUUCCCGUUUGGCAACACAGGUUGCGACGGACGCCGCAAAGGUUGCUCGCAUCCAAGAUGCGGUCGACCGUCGCCUGCUUCCAAGUCUCAUCUCGUAUCUGGAGAAGCGCGACGAGACGGAUGACAGUCUGCGGAUCCCCGUAUCCACAGGUAUCAUUCAAAUCGCGAAGCACCUUCCUCUGGGUCAACGUGACGCGCAGAUAUCGAAGCUUCUCACCGUCCUCAGCCAGGUCUUGAGGAGCAAGUCCCAAGAGACCAGGGAUCUUACGAAAGAAACCUUGUGCCGUAUAGCCAUCAGCCUUGGACCCGAUUACCUCCCACUCAUGUUCCGCGAAAUGCGGGCUGCUCUGCUUCGCGGCCCUCAUCUUCACGUCCUUGCCUACUCUAUCCACUCCGUCCUCGUCCACGUCACGUCCGGUGAACGUGCUUCCACCUUCCACACUCUUGACGACUGCGUCAAUGACGUCGCAUCUGUUUCUGCGGAGGUUAUCUUUGGCGAGUCGGGCAGAGAUGUCCAGGCAGAGGGCUUCAAGACGACCACACGAGAGGUUCGGUCCUCAUCCUCGAAAGGGAUGGACUCCUUCGCCAUCCUCGCGAAGUUCAUCACCCCGCCAAAGAUCAGCAGCCUCCUUCUCCCGAUACGCAACAUCUUGCAAGAAACCGAGACGCUGAAGGUCAUGCAGCAGGUCGAGGAGCUAUUGCGUCGGGUCGCUGGCGGACUGAACUCGAGCGCUCACCUCAUACCGACUGAGCUGCUCGUUCUCUGCCAUACCCUCAUCAGCCAGAACGCUCGAUUCUUGCAAGAGGUACCAAAGGCUCGGCCUCGCGGCAAGGGCAGGAGGCGGGGGACCGACGCGCUUGUUCAGGUUAAGCGUCGCCUUCCGUCGGAUGCCGACCAUUAUGUCAACAACUCGUUCAGAUUUGUCGUCUUCGGUCUGGACUUGUUCAAUACUGCAUACCGGCGGGGCCGCUUCGACUUCAAGGAACCCAAGGUGAUUUCUCGCCUUGAGCCCAUGGUUCCUGUCAUCGGCAACACUCUCUACUCGUCACACAUGGAAGUCAUCGUCCCAGGGAUGAAAGCCGCCGCCGCCAUCGUCAAGUGUCCACUGAAGUCGAUCGACAAGUCGCUCCCUGUGUUCAUCCGUCAAAUCAUCGACAUAGUCAAACAGGCCGGCUCUACCGAGCCAGACACCGUACAGACCGCGUUCAAAUCGCUCGCCACUAUCCUCCGCGAUCAUCCGGGCGCGCAGGUGAAGGAGAAGGACCUGGUCUACCUCUUGGAACUCCUCGCGCCCGAUUUGGAGGUGCCCGAACGUCAGGCGGCGGUCUUCACCAUGCUGCGCGCUAUCGUGGCUCGGCGGUUCGUGGUCCCUGAGAUCUACGACAUCAUGGACAAGGUCGCGGAGAUCAUGGUAACGAGCCAGUCGUCGAAUGUGCAGGAGCUCUGCCGUAGCGUUCUCCUUCAGUUCUUGCUCGACUAUCCUCAGGGCAAGGGCCGGCUCAAGAACCAGAUGACAUUCCUCGUCAAGAACUUGUCGUACGUCUACGAGAGUGGUCGCAAGUCGGUGAUGGAGCUCCUCAGCGCCAUCAUCGCGAAGUUCGAGAUGAGCCUGGUGCAGGACUACGGCGAUCUUCUCUUCGUCGGGCUCGUGAUGGUCAUCGCCAACGACGAGUCGACGAAGUGCCGGGAGAUGGCCGCAGAGCUGAUCAAGAGCCUCCUUGCACGUCUAGAGACGACACAACGCAACGUCAUCAUGUCGCACAUCCAUUCUUGGGCGGUUCAACACUCGCAGCCCCAACUCACCCGGGUCUCCGCGCAGCUCUACGGGCUCAUCGUCGAUUUCCUCAAGACGGACGUCAAUGCCUAUAUGCCAUCGAUCCUGGAGGAUAUGAACGGCAUUCUGCGCCGCUGCGCGCUCUCUUUCGAGUCAGCAACUGUCGUCGACGAGGAGGGCGACGACGAGCCCAAUGUCGAUGCGUUGGCGUCACAGUGGCAGACGCCCUAUCACACCGCUCUCGUAUUCUCCAAGCUACUACGCGACAGGCCGGAUCUCGCGACACAGGAGGACAAAUUCGAUUGGCCGUCCGUGGUGACGCUCCUGCUCUUUCCUCACGCCUGGGUCCGGACAGCUGCAUGCCGUCUACUUGGGGUUCUCUACUCUGCCGUGACCACGAACGCUCCGCGCGAAGACCUAUCUGAGACCUCGCCCUUCUCUCGGAUCGGCAUGAAGGAGAUCGCGGCGAAGUUGUCUUUGCAGCUGAAGAGCGACAACCUCGACGAGGCCCUGAGCCUGCAAGUAGUGAAAAAUCUGUUCUAUAUCGGGAAGAGCUUCGCCGCUAUCGCACUUCCACCUCUUCCCACACUCGAUGCUGCGGUAGAGGAGGACGACCACGAGUCCGUCGAGGAGCCUUCAGACGAUGAACACAUAGGCGACGAAGAUGGAGAAACUGCGGCCUCGGACGGUCACCCGCUCCCGUGGUUAUUCUCGAAGCUGUCUUAUCAGACGCGCUCUGCGCUCAUCAACCGUCGAAACACGUCCUUUGGAGCACCCAACUGGUCGUGCCAACCCGCCGCAGUACUGAAGUGGUUCGCCGCCAUGGUGUCCUACAUGCAGGCUACGGAUGUCGAGCGUUUCCUGAUGCACAUACUAUCGCCAGUCUAUCGUAUCGUAGACGACGAUACUGUCCGGGAUCCCCAGAUGGAUGAGCUCAAGACGUUGGCCAUCGAGUUGCAAGACCUUGUACAGAGCAAGGUUGGCACGACGACAUUCGCCAAUGUGUACAACAGCAUCCGACAGAAGGUCCUGACUGUGAGGCGCGACCGGAGGACCGCUCGUGUCAUCCAGCACACGACGGACCCUGCUGCUGCGGCAAACAGGAAGUUCCACCGGAACACCUCCAAGAAGGAAAGUCGGAAGCGGAAGAACGAGCUGUAUCUACAGGGCAAGGGAAAGACGAAGCGAAGAAGGGCAGACUGA